GAUUGGGCCUCAGUUACAAGCGCGUCGGCUCCUGGUCCCUGGUCUUUCAGCGGCAUGGCGUGCGGGGCGACAUUGAAGCGGCCCAUGGAGUUCGAGGCGGCGCUGCUGAGCCCUGGCUCUCCGAAGCGGCGGCGCUGCGCCCCUCUGUCCGGCCCCACUCCGGGCCUCAGGCCCCCGGACGCCGAACCGCCGCCGCUGCUUCAGACGCAGACCCCACCGCCGACUCUGCAGCAGCCCGCCCCGCCCGGCAGCGAGCGGCGUCUUCCAACUCCGGAGCAAAUUUUUCAGAACAUAAAACAAGAAUAUAGUCGUUAUCAGAGGUGGAGACAUUUAGAAGUUGUUCUUAAUCAGAGUGAAGCUUGUACUUCGGAAAGUCAGCCUCACUCAACACUCACAGCACCUAGUUCUCCAGGUUCCUCCUGGAUGAAAAAGGACCAGCCCACCUUUACCCUCCGACAAGUUGGAAUAAUAUGUGAGCGUCUCUUAAAAGACUAUGAAGAUAAAAUUCGGGAGGAAUAUGAGCAAAUCCUCAAUACUAAACUAGCAGAACAAUAUGAAUCUUUUGUGAAAUUCACACAUGAUCAGAUUAUGCGACGAUAUGGGACAAGGCCAACAAGCUAUGUGUCCUGAAGCUUUCUUGCAUAUCUGGGUACCAGGUUUGACCUCAAGAGAUGGCUGCUGUACACUUUUUGCAACUGGUUUGAUAUCACAUUUCAGCUCCAACUUUUCAUCCUGAGAACACUUAAAUGUUUCUGCAGGUCCAUUUUAUACAACUUGAAAGACCUUAAAACUUUCUGGUUGCCACAAGCAUAUCUUUCUUUUCUGCUCAUCGAAUAAACAGCUGUGCCCUACUGUGAUAGAUUUUUCAAACAAAAACACCUGGAGCAGCAGUUUAGCAAAAAUAUGCCCUCAGUGGCACUCAACAAAUGGAGUUUCCCCAAGCACAGUUCUGUAAGAAGUGUGUGUGAGAGUGUGUAUAUGUGUGUAUGUGUAUUUUAAGUUAUUAUUUGUAUUGUGCAAAUUUUUUUGAUCUUGGGGAUGCUGGCUGUGAAUUUGAUGCACGACAAUUAUGGUUAAAAACAUUUGCUUGGUCUACAGAAGAUCAUUAAUGUUUUGUGACCAUAUAAGUUGUAACAGUGGAUUGUUUUAUGUGUAGGUAUUAUUGUUAAAUACAGGGACUGUUUCCAGGCACAGAAUAUGAAUCAUAAGUUAGGAUGGACAUUAGAUGUGAUUAUGAUGACAUAGCAAAGGUCUGUGGUCCUAGGUCUACAAAUGUGUGGUGAGGAAUAGAACAAACUGGAGACAGGCCAUUUGACAUCUGAUUCUGCCUCGCCGUGUUAGAACAUUACUUUGACUCCAAGCCUUAAAAACCCACAUGGAGUCUGUGCUCACCUCAUUCACACGGGAGCUCCCUGGACAAUGAAACUCUCAGAAGGAAAAAGUCUCCUCUGGAACAAGAGCAUCAGGGUUUGAUGGGGAGCACAACAAAGGUGGGCGCGGGCUGGGACAGGCCCCAGAGGCACUGCUGCUUGGGAGGAGCCACUUCACCUUUGUAUCAGUUAUUAAAAAUAGAAUUUGGAUCCUUUGGUCAUGUUCCCCCAAAUUCUUUUAAGAGAUGUCCAUGUUCAACUGCUUAGGCUUUGUUUUGGCAACCCCUGCCCAAAGUUGCUUACAGACUGUUCUUCACCUCAUUUCCAAGGCUGAGGAACAGAAAGUAGCCUCUGUUUUGAGGAGGUGGAAGUUAAGUAUACAUUUAUUUUUUACUGUGACUUGUUCAGGACCACAUUUUACAAAAUGCCUUGUUUCCUUUAUUAUUGUUUCUGGAAAGGAAAGUUCUAUUAAAAUUGUUUUAGUUUGAAUAUAGACUAGUUUUUUUAAUUAAGGCUUAUUUUGGGGAAAAACAAAACUUGAGUUUAAUUCAAACAUAUGCCAGUACCUUCCAAAGUAAGGUAAUAUUCAGAGACAGUUGUCCUGAUCAUAUGGCUUAGAAAAAUUUCUGGAAUAUUCACAUUCGAAGAUUCCUUAUUAAUGAAUGUCUUUGACUUAAAUCUAACCAAAACA